CAUCAGGCCUGGAAUGCUGACUGGCAGUCGGCUGGGGCGGGGGCUGGGGAUCGUUAUAAAGCUGGGGACGCCUGGGGGUCACCUGUCCGUGUCUGCAGCCCGCGAGUGCCCUCCGCCGCCACCAUGCCCACCCACCGCCUCGUGAUGGUUCGGCACGGUGAGAGCACCUGGAAUCAGGAGAACCGCUUCUGCGGCUGGUUCGACGCGGAGCUGAGCGAGAAGGGGGCUGAGGAGGCCAAGAGGGGGGCCCAUGCCAUCAAGGACGUGAAGAUGGAAUUUGACAUCUGCUACACGUCGGUGCUGAAGAGGGCCAUACACACCCUCUGGACCAUCCUGGACACAACGGACCAGAUGUGGCUGCCUGUGGUGCGCACCUGGCGCCUCAAUGAGCGGCACUACGGGGGUCUCACUGGCCUCAACAAGGCGGAGACGGCCGCCAAGCACGGGGAGGAGCAGGUGAAGAUCUGGAGGCGCUCCUUUGACAUACCUCCACCCCCCAUGGAUGAGAAGCACCCCUACUACAACUCCAUCAGCAAGGCACGUCGCUAUGCAGGCCUGAAGCCGGGGGAGCUGCCCACGCACGAGAGCCUCAAGGACACCAUCGCCCGGGCUCUGCCCUUCUGGAAUGAUGAGAUCGUCCCCCAGAUCAAGGCUGGCAAGAGGGUGCUCAUCGCAGCCCACGGGAACAGUCUGCGGGGCAUCGUCAAGCACCUGGAAGGGAUGUCGGACCAGGCCAUCAUGGAGCUGAACCUGCCCACGGGGAUCCCCAUCGUGUAUGAGCUGGACCAGGCACUGAAGCCCACCAAGCCCAUGCGGUUCCUGGGCGACGAGGAGACCGUGCGCAAAGCCAUGGAAGCUGUGGCUGCCCAGGGCAAGGCCAAGUGAAGGGUGGGCUCUGGCAAUAAA